AUGUCAACAUCCGCGGCUGCAUCAUUUUUCCAGUCAAAACCUGGUUGCGAGACCCAUUGCGGUAAUGUUACCAUUCCUUAUCCGUUUGGUAUAGCUGGCGGCGAAGGGUGUUCUGCAGAUGGAAAUGGGUAUGGAUACAGUAUAAGGUGUGAUACGUCUUUUUAUCCUGCCAAGCCCUUCAUUGGCGAUGGAAAGUUUGAAGUUAUAAGUAUAUCAGAGACAGAAAUACGAGUGAAAAAUAGCCGGGUGGCGGCGGCAUGUUACACCAAGAAGGGUGUGCAGAUCGAUCUUGAUCCUUUUUCCCAGGACCCAACGGAUCGGUUCUCUUUUUUCAUAGAUAAGACAUCAUUUACGUUCUCAAAUACCAAAAACAGGUUAUUUGCUAUCGGUUGCGAUACUUUAACUUCAUUCUUUGCCGUGUCCGGCAAUGGUACUUUACACGACCCAGGCGUCUGUCUGUCAUUAUGUAACAGUAGAGAUGAAGUAAUAGAAGGCUCUUGCGCUGAAGAAAAGGGUUGUUGCCAGUUAGAAUUUCCGAAGGGUAUAAAUUCUUUAUAUGCGUCUGUUUCCAGCCUUGACAAUCAUACAAAAGUCUGGUCCUUUGAUCCUUGUAGUUAUGCUUUCAUUGCUGAGAAAGAUCAGUAUUCUUUUCGUGCAUCUGAUCUUCUUCCCACUACCAAUUUCAUUGGAGAAAAAAGAAACAUACCUUUUGUUCUUGAUUGGGUGAUUGGGAAUAAGACGUGUGAAGAAGCAAAGGACACUCUAUUGUGCCAAAAAAACAGUGUCUGUGUUGAAACUACUGAUGUUCCUGGAUAUCGUUGCACUUGUGUUGAAGGUUACGAAGGGAAUCCUUAUCUCAGUCCAGGAUGCCAAGCCAAACAGCUCACUACUCCAGGACCUCAAGCAGACACGAACCGUUGUGGACGUGAUUGCUUUGCCAAGAAACAAGAAUUUCCAAUCCUAAAAGCCACUCUUGGUAUUGGCUUAGGAAUUUUGUUGCUGAUAGUUGGCAUUAGUUGCCUAUAUUUGAGCUUGAGGAAAAGAAAACAAACCAAACUCAAACAGAAGUUCUAUGAGCAAAAUGGGGGACUGCUCUUAAAUAAAAAUGCAACGGCAAGUGGUGGUGAUGGUGCUGGUGCUGAAUUAUUGACCAAGAUAUAUACAGCUAAAGAGCUCGAAUUAGCAACCAACAACUUUCAUAAGAAUAGAAUACUUGGAGAAGGAGGUUACGGUGUAGUGUACAAAGGAAUUUUACCAGACAAUCGAGAAGUCGCUAUUAAGAAGUCCAAAGCAGUUGACGAGAGUCAGAUUGAGCAAUUCAUAAAUGAGGUUGUUAUUCUAACACGGGUAAAUCAUCGAAAUGUGGUAAAGCUCUUAGGAUUCUGUCUAGAGUCUAAAGUCCCAUUACUCGUUUACGAGUAUGUCCCUAAUGGGACACUUUUCCAACAUAUCCACUGCAAGGGGGAGAUAUCCCCUAUUUUAUCCUGGGAAAGUCGUCUGAGGAUCGCUACAGAAACUGCGAACGCAAUUGCAUAUUUACACUAUGCGGUUUCUACAUCAGUCAUUCAUAGAGAUAUAAAGUCUUCUAACAUACUACUAGAUGAAAAUUUCACCGCAAAAGUAUCAGAUUUUGGAGCAUCGAGGUUGAUCCCUUUGGAUAAAACUAGAAUAAUGACAAUAGUUCAAGGGACAUUUGGAUAUCUGGAUCCAGAAUAUUUUCAUACCAGUCAAUUAACAGAAAAGAGUGAUGUUUACAGUUUCGGCGUUGUACUUAUCGAACUCUUGACUGGAGAACAACCCGUCUCUCUUAAAAGAUCCGAGGAACAGAGAAAUCUGGCCACAUUCUUCAUUAUCCAAAUGGAAGAGGAAGAGAAUAUUCUUCAAAUUCUGGAUGCUCAAUUAGUACAUGAGGGUAACUUGGAGAAAAUGCUUGCAGUUGCAGAGCUUGCAAAGAGAUGUCUUUUCUUGAAGAGUGUAGAACGACCUACCAUGAAGCAAGUGGUUGCAGAACUGGAAUAUUUGAGAAACUUACCAAGCCAAGAAGAGAAAUUGUGGUCAAUCCCUUCUACACCGAUAGACCUUUAUAUGCCGGAGAGCUCUGACACCAUCUCUGAUUUUGGACAACAUAGUUUUGCAACCGAUAAUGUAAUAUCCAUUAACACUCCAUAAAGAAUGCAAGUGAAGACAACAAGUUGUUUGCGCAAGCGUAAUUAAAUUUUUUGUAAAUGCAUAAUGGGAGCUCGAUCUCUACUUUGGUUGUUUGUGCCUUUU